UGACAAUUUGAUGGAAACAUGACACACAGAAUGUGCGUUUUAAGUUCACCUGAAGCCGUUUUUUAUUUAGAUGAAGUGAAAUAUGGAGGAGUGAGACAUCUUUUUCACCCUAUCUGUGCCGGAGACCCUCUGUCCCGGUGACGUCACGGCGGUACAUUUAUCCGCCCAGGCUGCUGGCUUCCUGCUGCUAAGUCUCCACUCUAGCUGUACAAGCUGCUGCACCGCUACACAACGGACUCCUAAGUUGAAGAACCGGGAAACAACGACAUUUCUGGUGGAGUGGUGUUGAGGAGCUCAUCAUGGUGAACAUCCCAGAAUACUAUGCAGGGAAAACAGUGCUGAUCACUGGAGCAACAGGCUUCAUGGGCAAGGUGCUGCUGGAGAAGCUGCUGAGGUCCUGUCCAGGAGUCAAAAGUGUUUACGUGAUGGUCAGGUCGAAAGCUGGUCACAGCCCCCAGGCCCGCAUUGCUGACAUGAUCAACUGUAAGUUGUUUGAGAGAUUGCAAGACGAACAACCAGGCUUUGCAGAGAAGAUCAUAGCAGUGAACAGUGACCUUACACAGCCAGAGCUGGAUCUAAGUAAAGAGGAUCAGAGCAUCCUGGCUGACAACAUUAACAUUGUUUUCCACUGUGCUGCCACCAUCCGCUUUAAUGAGCCACUCAAAGAUGCAAUGCAGCUGAAUGUCCUGGCCACCCAGAAGAUGCUGGCACUCGCCCACAGGAUGAAGCACCUGGAGGUCUUCCUUCAUGUUUCCACAGCCUAUGCCAACUGUGAUCGAGAGCUCAUUGAGGAAAUUGUAUACCCUCCCCCUGUAGACUACCGCAGACUCAUCGAUUCUCUGGACUGGAUGGAUGAGGAGCUGGUGACUGCUCUGACACCCAAGCUGAUCGGGAAGCGUCCCAACACCUACACCUACACCAAAGCCUUGGCUGAGUAUAUGGUGCAGCAGGAGGCUGGAGACCUCAACGUAGCCAUUGUCAGACCCUCCAUAGUAGGAGCCAGCUGGAAAGAGCCCUUCCCAGGUUGGAUUGACAACUACAAUGGACCUAGUGGAAUAUUCAUUGCAGCUGGUAAGGGGAUCCUGCGUACAAUGAGAGCGUCUAAUGAUGCGGUGGCUGACCUGGUGCCUGUGGAUGUGGUCAUCAAUGCCACGCUGGCUGCAGCUUGGUACUCUGGAUCACAGGCACUCAACAGGUCCAAAAACAUCCUUGUUUACAACUGCACAACCGGUGGGAUCAACCCAUUUCACUGGGGGGAAGUUGAGUACUGUAUAAACAUGACCUUCAAGACCAAUCCCUUAGAGCAGGCCUUCAGAAGGCCCAAUGUCAAUCUGCGCUCCAAUCCCUUUACUAAUCAGUACUGGACCACUGUCAGCCACACACUGCCAGCCCUGAUCUAUGACGGCUAUCUCAGGCUGACAGGCUCCAAGCCCCGGAUGAUGAAGACAAUCACACGCCUCCACAAAGCCAUGAUGGUCCUGGAGUAUUUCACCAGUCACUCCUGGGUGUGGAACAAUGACAACGUAGGCAUGCUGAUUGCCCAGAUGAGCCCAGAGGAUAAGAAGGUGUUUAAUUUUGAUGUGCGUCAGCUGCACUGGGCGGAGUACAUGGAAAGCUACUGUAUGGGCACCAAGAAAUACGUCCUCAAUGAAGAGCUGUCGGGCCUGCCUGCUGCACGCAAACACCUCAACAAGCUGAGGAACAUCCGCUAUACCUUCAACACCAUCCUGGUGGUGUUCAUCUGGCGUGUGUUCAUCGCCCGAUCCCUGAUGGCCAGAAACAUCUGGUACUUUGUGGUGAGCCUCUGCUUCAAAUUCCUCUCCUAUUUCAGAGCUUCCUCCACCAUGAGAUAAUAAGCCUUGGACAGGGUGGCGGGUGGAGAGGCAAAGGGGCGAAGAAAUGAAGAAACCCUGGCUGUGGACGUUUAGAGGUUCCUGAGCUCAAAGCCCUUAAAAUGUCACCAUGCUGUCUGUCUCUGGCCCCGUGUUUCCCCAGACACUCAAGGAUUUAAUGGAACCGUUAAACCCAUGAACACAGACAGAGCUACUGGACAAGCCUGGAGAGUCCACAGCAGUCUAAAUGUUGCAUAUCUAGGAUCCAUCUAACCUGAUCUCUAGCAUUUCACAAAACCCGAGGGCAUGGAUUCAUCUCACAAUGAACAAUGCUUAGACUCACAGCACUUGGACUAGUUAAAGAAGCAGGACCCCACACCUUAUGUUUAUUUCCAGUCAGUCUGGUCCUGUGCCAGUUUUUUUACUGCUGCUUUCUUUAAGCUCCAGUGCACUCAAACCUGCUCCAUCUCGUCUGUCUGUCUGCUUGCCUGACUGCCUGCCUGCAAAACAAAGCUAUGUAUUGGAUGAUGCUCUGCCGCACAAAUCUUUAGCUGGUUUUGAGUCAGUCCAGGCUUCCUUUUAUGUGAUCUUUCAUUGAAGAAUAACUACUCAACAGCUAUGUAAGUUAUUUUUCACCUGAAAACAUAACUCGACACUUUUUGUUUUCCUUGUUUGUUUUUUUUUCUCCCUUGAUGUUUGUGUGGUUCUUGUCAGUUUUCUGCUACUUAAGGCCUAUUGAGAUGUUUUAAAAGCCUGUUACAAAAUGUAUUAUACACAGGAUUAGGGUUUUCAUAUGACAGCAGUUUUACAGCCGAUACUCCCACCUGAGCCGGUUUUGCACAUUUAGCUGGCAGCAGUUGAAGAAUGAUUCUCUACUGACUCAGUUGAGUCUUGUUCAGGGACAGGCUAGCCUAGAAAUCAUGUUCAAACUGUCUUGCCCUUCGAACCCCACCCCCAAGACCAAAGCCAUUUCAACCAAUUGGACCGUUGCACUGGCAGCUGGGUAUAAAGAGAAAGUUGACAUUGCAGGGGCUGAGGGGAGCUCACUCAUACUGACCUGUGCCCCACCAAGAGUUGUCAUUGGCUGUCUUUUACUCUUCCUGCUUGAACACUCAACAGCAAUGCACUCCUGUAUGUCCCUAGUGAACUGCAGUGGCUAGUUCCCUAAUUACGACCAAGCACAAUGUAGAUUGUAACACGAUGGCUUUAUCCAGUGCCUACAAACUGUUUGUUAUUGCAUCAGCAGAUCUUGCAAAUCAAGCUUCUUCUACAGGUUCCCUUUUUUUGUCAUGUCAAAGUCAUUUGUGUCAUUUGGUCUCGAACUGUUUUUGCCAAAAACCUCUUGGCUAACAGCGUCAUAGCUCAGUAGAGGAUACAGGCGGAGUUGAGAGGGGAAAUGGUGUCACCUUUGGUUUCUUUUUCUCCAUUAUGCUUGCACAUUUAAACUUUUAGUACUGGUUGACAUAUUUAGUUGAUGUGCAAUGUUAUGACUUUUAUUCAUUGGUCUGCUAGUACACUACUUUUCAGGUAGCUCCAACUGUAGCCCACCAUCUUUUUUGAAAGGUUUAUUACUUUAGUAUUUUCCUUUUUAGUAAUUCUUAUGGGUCAUGGGUUUGUCAUGUUACUGGUUAAUUUACCAUCUUAGUUGCUUCUGUAAAUAUAUUUAGGAUUUGUCAUGUGCUCAUGCUGUUUACAACCGGCGGCUGUUAAACUCUUGGACCAUUCUGUUGCCUUCAUCAUUCUGUCUUGUUACAUAAGAAAUGUGUCUUUUAUACAAGAAAUGUUGGCUUGUUACAGAAUUGGCAACAUGAGCUAAGACUACUUUUUUUUUUUUUUUUUGGGGGGAUGAAUUUCUCUGGGUUUUCAUAGCAAUUAAUCCUCCUUGCCAUAUAAGUCUUUAAUUAACAUACAUGAGGUUUACCUGUGCGCAUUGUCUUGUCUGUUACCUAUUUCUCGAGCACGCUACAAUGUUUGAAAGCAGCGUUUGAGCUCAUCUUUGGUUGUGCUUGCAUGUGUCUUAGGCCAUAGCAGCUUUAAACACCUACAUGUACGUCUAAUAGUGAAUGUCCUCCUACAAAUGUUUAAGCUUCAAUGAUGUGUGUAUUGAUCACCUGCAUCAAAGUAGUUUUUUUUUUUUUUAUUUUUUUUUUUUAUUUUCUGGCUUCUUUUUUUCAUGGCUCAAAGAUUGUUGCUUCUAUUUUACAUGGCCAACACAAAAUGGGUCCAUAUGCUUAAGCUGUACUAGUAUACAAAAUACGUUUUUUUCUUCUGAGGUUGAUUGCAUUAAGACUUGUUACAGUGUAAUGUUCAUUUUUCAUGUGUUCAUGUGGUUCUCGAGGUGACAAUUUUUUCAUUGCUUCUGCUUUAAGCAUGAUGAGCAUAGGUUACUGUGUUCUUUCAGGAGGAAAAGGAGUUUUUGCCACAGGCAUUGUCAAUGUGAAACUCCAAAAAAAAAAAAUCAAUGGGUGCCUUUGUUUGUAAACCAAAAAAUAAGAAAUAAACUGUUUAAUCCUGA